AGCCCCCACCCGCCCAUCCUUACCCCCCACCGCAGCCUCCUCUCGCCUCACCCCAGGACAAAAAAUCGCCACCGUGAUGGUUACCCUGCGAUCCCUUCGUCUUCUUCUCCUCCCUCUUCUUCUCAUAGCCAUUCAUUCACCUCCGAGAGCCCUGGCAGCCCGUAAAGCUGCAAGCAAGGUUCUUGUUGGGGGCUGGAAGCCGAUCAAGGAUAUCAGUGAUCCCCAUGUCCAAGAGAUUGCAGAAUUCGCGGUGUCGGAGCACAACAAGCUGGCGAACACCAACCUUACUUUGAGUAAAGUGGUGAAGGGUGAGACCCAGGUGGUGGCUGGAAUUAAUUAUAGGCUUGUUGUAGAGACCAAAGAUGGCGAAGCCAUGGCGAACUAUGUGGCCGUGGUGUGGGAGAAGACAUGGGAGGGGUUUAGGAACCUCACAUCAUUUACACCAGUCGGGAGUUAAAAAUGCAAACAAACUGCAGUUGUUUGAGAAAUAUUAUGAGAAAAAAAUAUAAACAAGAUAUCAUCUGUUUCAUGACGAGGUCAUAUUGAUAAAUAAUUAGUGCCUCUCGUUAUUGUUGUUCAAAUAAAGGAUAAAGACAGAUGAGAUGUGGAAGUAAGUGCUGGAUCAGCUGUUCUUUUAUCAUUGUUUUCUUUUGCGUCCCCAUCAGUUUAUUUUUCUUCCUGUCAUGCAUAUCAAAUCAUGGAUUAUAUUGAUUAUCAUA